UCUCUUGCAUGACUGGCUCAUUUGAAUCUAGUGAGUGAGGGAGGAGGACAAGACUUCAGUUUCUUUGCGUUAGAGCUGAUAGUCUCUUAUCUCAGCAUCCGAGAAACACUACCGCUAAUCGCACAUCAUCGGGAUCGUGUACGCCGGUUUCCCAAUCAUUGAAGGGUAGUGAACGAUUCUGGCUUUGAGACUAUCAGAAAAACGGAGACACGCCGGGAGCUCCUCGAGUAGAAGUUCGGAAGUAGAGAAAAGGAAAUAGAAAGAAAUAAUAGUGUUAUUUGUUUUUUUUACAAAUUAGCCAAUUUGAAAUAUCAAACAUGACUAGGAGAUCUUGUGCCAUUUACGCCACCGGGAUCGUGUGCGCUCACUUGCUCAUUUUGGGAAUCGCCCUUCUGGUGGCUCAAGUCUUCCAAACAAUGAUUCAAGAACGGAUAAAAAAGGAGAUCACGCUGGGGGAAAACAGUAGAGUAUUGGAUGGAUGGAUAAAUCCACCACCACCUGUUUACAUGCAGUAUUUCUUCUUCAACGUGACCAAUUCAGAAGCGUUUUUGGCUGGGAGGGAAAAGGCAAAAGUGACUCAAAUAGGGCCAUACACCUACAGGGAAUAUCGACCAAGGGAAAAUGUCACAUUCCUUGAGAACGGGACGAAAAUCUUUGCCACAAAUCCCAAGAGCUUCGUGUUUCUUCGCAACAUGUCAUCGGGAGAUCCUGAGGUCGACCGUGUGAUAACGGUUAACAUUCCAUUCAUUGCUGUGAUGAACGAGUUAUACUCCUACUCCUUCUUUCUGAGGACUGCUGUGUCGAUGUGGAUGGGAUCCAUGGGCAUCGAGGUGUUUAUGAAUCGUACAGUCCAUGAGGUCCUGUGGGGUUUCAAAGACCCGCUGCUGUCUAAAAUCCACGCCAUGAGACCAGAAGUGAAUGAGAAUUUUGGCCUUAUGUAUAAUAAAAAUGGCACCCAUGAGGGUGAAUUUGUCUUCCACACUGGAGAGAAGAACUACAUGGACUACGGCAAGAUUGACACGUGGAAUGGCAUCAGUCGGAUGAACUGGUGGUCGUCGAACCAGAGCAACAUGAUCAAUGGUACCGAUGGCAGUGUCUUCCACACCUUCCUGUCCAGGAAAGAGCUCCUCUACAUCUUUGCUGCAGAUCUGUGUCGAUCCAUUCAUUUGGGUUACGUGGCUGACACAGAGGUGAAGGGCAUCCCUGCCUUCCGCUUUGCCCCUCCUUCAGAUGUACUGGCCCCCCCAGAUGAGAAUCCCAGUAAUGCUGGCUUCUGUGUGCCUGCUGGAGAUUGUCUGGGAAAAGGAGUCCUCAAAGUCAGCGUCUGUCGGGAAGGUGCACCCAUUGUUGUGUCAUUCCCUCAUUUCUACCAAGCCGAUGAGCGGUACAUCAAUGCCAUUGAUGGAAUGAACCCAAAUGAGGAAGAACACGAAACAUACCUCGACAUCAACCCGACUACAGGGGUUCCCAUUCGUGCCUGUAAGAGAGCUCAGCUUAACGUCAUACUGAAGAGAGUCCCUGGCUUCCCCAAAACAAAAUUCCUCAAUGAGACAAUUUUCCCCAUUAUGUAUGUCAAUGAGACGGCAACUAUCGAUGAUGAGUCUGCAGCCCAGAUGAAGACGCUUCUGCUGAUUGUAACAGUGGUGUCCAACUUUCCAGUCAUCAUUGUGGGACUGGGAGCCAUUUUACUUGUAGUCCUGAUCUUCCUUGUCUGCAGGAACCGCCAGAGAAAGAAUGAAGUAAAACGUAUUGAUUUUACUGAAGCUUUUCAUUCUUUUGCUACGACGAAGGACGAAACGGCUUAUACCCAAGUGAGCAACCAAGCAGAGGACUCGCCAGAGAACCGUACCAAUCAGCCUUUGAGAAACGGAUCUUACAUCGCCAUGUCACCAGUAGAGGCGCAAAAGUGUUGAUGAAGACGACUGGUGGAGUCUCACCUUGAGGACAUCUAUCCUCCUCAACCUUUUCUAUGUUAGUUUUCACUGUGCGAUUCGUCUUCGGGGGCCAGCCCCCGCACGCUCACCACCGUUUGCCGAGAGUCGCUUGACUCGUUUCCUUGAGCAUGGCCUUUCAAACUGCCAUAUGUUCAGUCAAAACACAUGUAAACUCAAAGCACCCACUUCAGUUUCUGGGUUCCCAGAGGCUUUGUUGCCUAGUCCUGCGAGGCCUGAAACACACUCUCUUGCCUUUUAAAAACACAUAUAUGCAUUGCAUGCUCACAGAGUCCAUAGUUCCUGAAGGGUCAUAAACCCUUUCAGCAUGAGAGAGCGUGAAAAGUUCACAGCCUGUGCUCUUGAAGCGUUUCAGAUCUCUUCCCACACUACUGUAAACAGGUCUACACAGGCAGACCUUGAACUAACACAGCUCUUCAUACGUCAAACCUUUUGAUAAUGAGCAGAUAAACUAUUGAUUUACCUCCUCUAAGAGUAUUAGAGAGCUAAAAGGUCUAAUAUGCUAACAAAAAAAAAAGAUGGAUUUUAUCCAGAACUUAUGUAUGCGUGUGUGUGUGUGUGUGUGUGUGUGUGUGUGUGUUUGUACAUACCGAUGUGAGUGUGUGUAAUUAUAUGUGUGUGUAUUUCAGCAGGCGUGUCAACGCUUGCAUGGUUUUUGUCACACUGUGGUGAACUGCUCCGGUGGGUCACCGUCCACCGUUUUGCACGAUGCAGUGUGACGACAAGUGGAAACCAGUGACUUCAGCGGUCCUAUCCAUUUCAUAGUGUCCGAGUCACAUUUUUUUGACGCCAGAAACAUUUCAGAGGUGAUGGCUGUUAAGAGGUCAGACAGUCUCCUUUAAGGCAUUGUAUUACUAGCGUUUCGUAAUGAACGAACAACAGACGUAGAACACUUACAAGCGAGACUUGAAUUUUUCUGCCUUACAAAUACUUACAAACACAGUGUGAUUCUGCUGCACGGUAAUGGCAGGCACACGGUGGAACUAUGUCGGACAAAUAUCAUUUUUUUUGUUCUGUAAUAUCUAGAGCACAACUACAGUCCACCGAGCCCACAGUCGAAUCGGAGGGUUUUUGAGGGGUCAUCAGUGAAGUUUGCACACUUUGCAUAACCUUCUGUGGGCGAAAGAGACUUGAAUCACUGCUUGUGUUAAUUUUCGUUUCGCUUUUUCCAUCUUUGAUGUUCGUAGCCUUCGCUGUUGCUAAACAAUUGAGGCCAUAUUUUAAAUCAGGAUGUGUUAGUUGCACACUUGACAAAGUAUCACUAAAGAGGAGUCGACGCAUGCAUCUCUGUUUGUCCAAAUGCAUCUGUUUGUCUGAAGUUGCCAUAACCUGUUUGUACAGUUACACUCGGUUGUUUUAAAGGUGUAUGUAUCUGUAAAUCAUUCCCAUUUUGGUGACACUUGCUGGAAUGAUUGACGUUUGUUGUUACUUGGCGUAAACCAUCUGUUACUUCUUGCGUCCGCGGUUUACGUGGAUUGCGGCGGACGUUGUCGCGUAUUUGCCUGUGCCAUGGAUUUAGCUCAUCUUGAAGAUUUAGCGCAAGGUUUAAACUGGAAACACUGUGUACUUGCAGUGUCUUAUGCAGCUGUAUGUGAACAGAAAACUGAGGGAAAGUAAUUCAAGCUUUAGUGUAAUUAACUACUAGUCCAUUACAGUGGCGAUUAGGCCAUUAGUAUAUACAUUCACCUAAAAAUGGUCUGUCAAAGACCCCGCUGGACUAAUGUUGGAUGACUUGAGUAUGAAAGAUCAAUGAACCUGAGCCAUUUCUAUACAGUUUCCAAAUUGCUUAUGGUGACUUUUGCCCCUAUACGCUUGACCAAAGAUUACAUUGGUUUGGUAGAUAACUGGUUUGUUUGCCUUCCACUCAGAUAGCUGUAGUGCCAUCGAUUUCCCAUUUACAAGAUCAUUAGAACCUCGUUGUCUACAAGGGCAAAUAAGAAGGAAAACAAUUUGAAGUCACAAAAUAUUUUCCAGAGUUUAUAAUGUGUUUAAUACAGCAAAGAACUUGAGAUAUAAAGCGUUGCCACAGAGAAACUGCAAAGAAACUCUCAGUAUUAUGUAUUGACACAGCAAUACAGUGAUAUGUACAAAGCAAAUUUUAUAACAAAGUAAAAAAGUUUUGUAAUCAGACAGACAAAUAUUUAUGUAUUCAUAUGUUCAAUGGUAUGUACAUUAUCUGAAUUUCUAAGGUCUUUUCUUUGGUCUUGUUCAUUUCUGUAUUUGUUUUUUAAUUAUUUUGUAAUAUUACAAGUGGGGUCAUCAAGCACAUUUCUGUUUUCUUCUUAAAUUUAGUUUUCCUUUACAUUUCUGAAGUAGUACCCAGUGAAUAUUGUUCUAAAUUGGAGAUGGAACGGUGUAUGUGAUUGUAAAAACGGUUAACUUUAAUGGAGAAAGGCUUGUGUUGUAUCUGUAAGGUGUGAGCCUAUCGUGUGUAAUGAUCUCCUGUUAUACAACUCUCCCAAGCUGUCAACACACUGUUUGUCCAACUGGAAUAACAAAGGGAAGGCUGAGUGUCUUUGAAUUCCACUUUGGAGGAUUGCCAUAGUGCCAUGUUGGGUACAAGGGAAAUUUCCAAUUGCAAUCUAAUCUUUUUUUUUUCUUAGAUGAAUGACGCCCUCCUUCAGGGAUGAGCUUUUAGUGCCAUAUCAUCCUUGUUUAUUUCACUUGCUUUAGUAGCAACAUGUUUAAGCAGUGUAGAAUUUGUUUUUUGUUGUUUUGUUUUUUUGCCCCCCUCUGCCUUUAUUUCAGGGCUGGUGAAUACCUCACAACAUCAUUGAGGGUGGUUUUAAAAACACUGAACACUUCAUCGUGUCCUCCUGAGAUGCAUUGCGUUUUUUGCUGCUGAGAAUGACAAUCCUUAUGUCAUGUUAGGUGCAAAAUCAUUUCAAGUAAUAUUCAUUUUUAGUUUUGAUAAUUUACACUGCACAGAUCUUUCUACAAUGCUUUUGUAAACAUUUUUAGUGUUAUUUGCAAAAAAUAAAAAAAAUGUUGAAAUUCUUGAA